UAAUCUGCAACGCUGUGCAAAAUGAGGACAUUCAAGCAUAUUUUGAAAUAAUGAAAUACGACCAAGAAAACUAUCAGUUCAAACCAGUACGUACAGUUUCGACAGAAGGUUGUGGCUUGAUGGCUAGCGCAGUUUUUGGAAAAGAGCAAUUUAUUUUUGUGGGCGACGAGAAUUAUAAAAUUCUUAGAAUUAAUCGUUACAUAGAACAGCUGGAUAUGUUCCAUUAUUUCCAGAGCUUUAUAUAUGAGUCAUAUUUGCGUGGAUUGCAUAUUUUCUACCCUCAAAGGUUGGAAGCAAAUAUCAACAGGAUAUCUAAGAAUGUCCAUGAUGUUACACACUUCCAAUUAAAUCAUGAAGAAUUUCUGUUCAUGUCAUCCACAUACAAAAAUAUGGUCUUCAGGAUAAUCAGACAAGGAAUACCUUAA